GCAAUUGCCUAUAAUUUGUGCCCUUUAUAUGCAUACAUAGAUUGUUAAACUAACAUGUAAGCAAAUAAAUUAAAUGUCAUUUUGCGUAAACACCAUACAGUAAAUAUUAUGUCGAUUUGUAUUACCAAGCAUAUAUUUUGAGUUAAACAAGUUGAAAACUCAUUAAACCGUUUAUAUCUCGGCUGUGCAGGUACGGCAUGUGUGCUCAUGAUAUCCCAUUCCUCCCAUUCCCUCACUAUCUCUAUAUAUAACUAAUUGUUAUCUCAAUUAAAACACUGUUUUUUGUAAUAUUACUGACGUUUGCAAAGUACAUGAAAAUCGCGAUUAAAAUAUAAAACACAUUUGAUUCACAAAACGAUGGCUAAAGUGGGAGGUAUUGGAGAGACGAAACAGCCGGACGAUACCGUCCACGACAUCUGCCAUAAGAUCCGCAAAGACGUUGAGGACAAAAAUGGUCAGACAUUCAGCGAAUUCACGCCAAUUGUCUUCAAGACCCAAGUGGUGAAUGGUAUCAAUUACUUCAUUAAAGUGCGCGUGAGUGAUGGCAAAUACGUGCACAUCCGCACCCACAGGGCGUUCACCGGCGAAGUAAGUUUCGCCAACUUUGAGGACAAUAAGAGUCUCGAGGAAGACAUCGGUUAUUUCCACUGAUUACCACUCGAUGAAACCGAUCGGUGAUAUCUCAGCCAUGUCUCGGAGC